UUCCCCACAAAGCCUGUGUAGUGUGCGGCCUUUCUGUCUCUCCCACAAAUACCUUUUUCCGACCGUUGGGGGUUUUCAGAGAGAAGAAGAAGAAAAUGGGUGUUCGUGGGAGGAAAAGAGCUGCUCCGGUGAACAUCGAUGACAAUACCCAGAAAAAUUCUGAGUAUGAACAGUUGAGGGAAAAAAGAAUCAAGGAAAAUCUUGAGAGGAUGCAAAAGUUGGGGAUUUUUGAAAUAUCACUCAAACUCAAGCCUGUUAGGACACCCAUCGCUCGCAAAACCCCUCAGCGUCUCUCUCCUUUGCAGCCUCCUGGACCCACUCGCCGUUCCUCCAGGCUGCAGAAUGCAACACCAAUUAGCUAUUCAGAGGUGCAUGUGUCGAAGAAUGACAACUCUCUGGAUGGUGAGCAUCAUUUGUUGAGGGAGGAAGGGUCAAAGCCAGAGAUUUACACGGAAGAACAUGAGAAAUUGUUGGGUACCACUGAUUUGAGCUGGACUUUUUUUGUGGAUGGAUACGGAAAUGAUGGGAAGAGAAUCUAUGAUCCAUUCAAGGGGAAAACAUGUCAUCAAUGCCGACAGAAAACUCUUGGUCAUCGUACUCAUUGCAGCAAUUGCCAAAUGGUUCAAGGACAAUUUUGUGGAGAUUGCUUGUAUAUGAGAUACGGAGAACAUGUACUUGAAGCGAACAAGAAUCCCAACUGGAUUUGCCCUGUUUGUCGAGGAAUUUGCAACUGCAGCUUGUGCCGGCAAGCAAAAGGUUGGGCUCCUACUGGUGCUCUCUAUAGGAAGAUUGCUGGACUGGGCUAUAAGUCAGUUGCACAUUAUCUAAUUCAAACCCAUCGAGCUACUGUCAGUACCGAGAACAACUUGACACCAUUCUCUGCAAAAAGAUCACUACCUUUCUCAGAUAUGGAAGGUACAACGAAAGAUGAGGGACUUUGUGAGAUGAAACCAGUGGCAUAUGAUGCCAAUGAGCCCAACUUAGCUCCCGAAAGGAGCACAGAGUCCUUGCUGAAGUCCAUUGCUGAACCCUUAUUACUACCGAAACAUGAUCGUGAAAACAGUGUUACAAUUCUUGUGCUCUCAAGUGACAAUGUAGGGUACUUCUCAGCAGACAACAAAUCAGGAAAUGAAAAUGCCGUGCUGGUAGGCAGCUCAUUGACUUCUCAAACAGAGGUGAAACCGGUGGAAUAUGAUGGCAAUGACCCCAACUUAGCACUAGAAAGUAGCUCAGAGCCCUUGCUGAAGUCCAUCGUUGAACCCUUGUUACUACUGAAACAUGACUCUGACAACAGUGGUAAAAAUCUUUUGCUCUCAUGUGACAAUGCAGGAAACUUCUCAGCAGACAACAAAUCAGGAAAUGAAAAUGCCGUGCUUGUAGGCAACUCAUUGACUUCUCAAACAGAGGUGAAGCCAGUGGAAUAUGAUGGCAAUGAGCCCGACUUAGCACCAGAAAAUAGCACUGAGACCUUGCUGAAGUCCAUCGUUGAACCCUUGUUACUACUGAAACAUGACUCUGACAACAGUGGUACAAAUCUUGUGCUCUCAAGCGACAAUGUAGGGAACUUCUCAGCAGACAACAAAUCAGGAAAUGAAAAUGCCGUGCUGGUAGGCAACUUAUUGACUUCUCAAACAGAGGUGAAACCAGUGGAAUAUGAUGGCAAUGAACCCAAAUUAGCACCAGAAAGUAGCACAGAGCCAUUGCUGAAGUCCAUUGUUGAACCCUUGUUACUACUGAAACAUGACUCCGAAAACAGUGGUAAAAAUCUUGUGCUGUCAUGCGACAAUGCAGGAAAUUUCUCAGCAGACAACAAAUCAGGAAAAGAAAAUGCCGUACUGGUAGGCAGUGCAUUGACUUCAAGUGCACCACCCGUGCUUACUGAAUUGAAUGAUGUUUACAAAGGUGAGUCACAACUUGGUUAUGAAUUUGACAUUGGACAAAUCCAAUCAAAAGAACAGAAAGAAGACGGCAGUUGUGUCUUGGUUAACAAAAACUGUGAUGUGGUUGCACCAGAAGCAAGUUCAAAGUCGAAGAAGAAGCCUUGUUGGGCUGCUGCACCGGUCGUUGAUACUAUUGCUGGAAGACUAAGGCAAAGACGUGGAAGAAGCAAUGUGGAAGCAUAACAAUAUCUCGGGUAACAAAUAGUGGGAUGGUCUUUUGCACCUGAAACAGUUUGUGACAUUUAAUGGUAAAGCAUAUUUGCUGUGAACUCAUUGUGACAGUGAACAAUGGUCUUGGUGGCUGGUUUUUGCUAAAUGUAAUACAACCUGUGUAAGGGUGUCUUUUUGCAGAACUUUUUAAACUAACUUAACUGAAGUGAUGGAACCAAUAUGAAAUCUGCUUUUGAGGUGA